CACAGGAACUGAAAGUGCUGCUGCUCUUCCUUUUCCUCUAGUUUCCAGGCAGCCCACCGCGGGGGAAGAAGCGCUCUCCUCCCGCAGACUGCCAGGCUCCUACUUCUCACGGACUGCCGACGCUGCCAGGCAGUGGCGACGGCUAAAACACAGGACCGGAUCAACGGACCUUUUUUAUUUCGGUCGGAAACACUAAGCGAAACCCCCGUGAAGGGAGUGGAUUAAAGUUCGGGUUUGUCGAGACGGAGAAAACCGUCGCUAACGGGCCGGUGUUGGCUGGAAGUUUCCGAGUGGAAGCGGAGCUGCGCCGUGAUGUGGUGACGCCGCUCCGCAGCCGCAUCGACGGGAAGCUAACGUUAGCCGAGGUGCUAACGCUGCUGGAUACUUUCCUCAUUUCGGCAGCUUUGGAGACCUGUUUCAAGAUUUUAUCAUUUUAAACACUUUGAAAUAGAUUUUAUAGUAUAUGUUUUACAAUGUUGCGUACUUUUAUACGAAACCGAGUAUUACGUGUUUGUUGAUAAAUUAAAAGUAGUGAGCGUUAGCUACCUAGCAGGCUAGUAGCUGUCGAUUUAAACUGACUCCAAGCCAAAGAUUUCUGUUUCAAAUUAGCUAGCCGCUCAGCAACAGUUUCCACGUCACCUGACUGGAUCACGGUGUAUCUGUCAGUUAUGAAAUGCUAUUUUCGAUUAGAAUAACUUUAUAUUUUAGGGUGCUUGUGUGUUUUUGAUGUGCAAAGAUCGACACUUUACUUCCAAAUCCAGGAAUGCAAUCAUCGAAUCACCAGCUCACUCGGGAAGCUAGCGUGCUAACACGGAGUUAGCCGGCCAAAGUUGGAAUACUGCCCCCCUCUCACUCUGUGUGGGUCUGAGGCCUUAAGGAAAUUUUAUUUUUCCCCCCUUCUAAAGGACUUGUCCACAGCCUUAAUCCCAACACCUGAACGGAAUUAAGAAUUCCCGAAUAACCCUGGAUAUUGUUGAAGACCGUUCCAUAGAGUUGGAUUUAGUUUAUCUCCAAAACGUGGAUUACAAAAGAGUUUGGAUUAACGUCAAAUUGCAAAGAUGAUGUGUGAGGUGAUGCCCACCAUCAGUGAGACCGAAGGGCCCGGCGGCGGGAACGGCGGCGGCCGCAGAGGCUCCGGGUCGCCGCUGCAGUCCGACUCUGAGGGUCACUUUGAGUCGUUGAUGGUGUCCAUGCUGGAGGAGCGGGACCGGCUCCUGGACACGCUGAGAGAAACUCAGGAGAACCUGGGCCUGACUCAGAGCAAGCUGCAUGAAGUCAGCCAUGAACGGGACUCCCUGCAGAGGCAGCUCAACACCGCUUUACCACAGGAGUUUGCUGCUCUGACGAAGGAGGUGAACAUCUACCGGGAGCAGCUCCUGGAGAAGGAGGAGGAGAUUGCAGAGCUGAAGGCAGAGAGAAACAACACCCGGCUGCUGCUGGAGCACCUGGAGUGCCUGGUGUCGCGUCAUGAGCGCAGUCUGAGGAUGACUGUGGUGAAGAGGCAGGCGCAGUCUCCUGCUGGCGUCUCCAGCGAGGUGGAGGUCCUUAAAGCUCUAAAGUCACUUUUUGAACACCACAAAGCCCUUGAUGAGAAGGUGAGAGAGAGACUUCGUGUUGCUUUAGAGCGAUGCAGUGCAUUGGAGGAGCAACUCACCAUCUCACACAAAGAACUUGCUUACCUCAGGGAACAGAGCGGCCAGAAACGAGGCCUGGCAGACGGAACCAGCGAAGUCAACCACACGUCUGAAAACACGCCCAGCACCAACGGCAAGCGCUCCUCGGACGGCUCGCUGAGUCAGGAGGAAGAGUCCGGGUUCGGGAAGGUCGGUGAGCUCCAGGAGGUGGUGGACCGUCAGACGGCUGAUCUGGGCCAGAUGAAGGAACGGAUGGUCGCCAUGGCGUCACGCAUCAACGAGCUGGAGGAGGACCUGGACACGGCAAGGAAGGACGUCAUAAAGUCUGAAGACACGAACACCAGGCUGCAGCGGGACCUCAGAGAGUCCAUGGCUCAGAAGGAGGACAUGGAGGAGAGGAUCACCACCCUGGAGAAGCGCUACCUCGCCGCUCAGCGGGAGGCCACGUCUGUCCACGACCUGAACGACAAGCUGGAGAACGAAGUGGCCAACAAGGACUCCCUGUACAGACAGUCCGAGGAAAGAAACCGUCAGCUGCAGGAGAAGCUGGAGCUGGCCGAGCAGAAGCUGCAGCAGACCAUCCGCAAGGCGGAGACUCUGCCUGAGGUGGAGGCUGAGUUGGCCCAGAGGGUCGCUGCCCUCACCAAGGCAGAGGAGCGCCAUGGCAACGUGGAGGAGCGGCUGAGACAGAUGGAGGCGCAGCUGGAGGAGAAGAACCAGGAACUGCUCAGGGCGAGGCAGCGGGAGAAGAUGAACGAAGAGCACAACAGACGUCUGUCUGAGACGGUGGACAAGCUGCUGUCCGAGUCCAACGAGAGGCUGCAGCUGCACCUCAAAGAGAGGAUGUCUGCUCUGGAGGACAAGAACGGCCUGGUCAGAGAACUGGAGCACACCAAGAAGCUGAUUGAGGAGUCUCACCAUGAGAAGGAGCAGCUCCUGAUCCAGAUUGAGACCAUGAGGGCAGAGAGUGAGCAGGGCAGGAGCCGGAGUAACUCCUUACUGCACGGGCGCUCUCAGCUGGGCAGCACUCCUGACUUCAGGUACCCGGUGUCGGCGUCCUCCAUGAUGGACAGCAACUCGGAUCAUUACGGCAGCGCUCUGGUUCUGAGACGGCCUCAGAAGGGCCGCGUGGCGGCGCUGCGGGACGAGCCGUCCAAGCGACAUGUGCAGACGCUGAACGAGCAGGAGUGGGAGCGCAUGCAGCAGGCUAACGUCCUGGCUAACGUGGCCCAGGCCUUCGACACCGACAUGGACGCGUCGGACCUGGAGGAGGACCGGGAGACCAUCUUCAGCUCGGUGGACCUGCUGUCCCCGGGUCAGGCCGACGCCCAGACGCUCGCCUUGAUGCUGCAGGAGCAGCUGGACGCCAUCAACAAUGAAAUCAGGAUGAUCCAAGAGGAGAAGGAGAGCACGGCGGUCCGAGCGGAGGAGAUCGAAUGCCGUGUCGGCGGCGGCAGCGACGGCGGCCUUGGAGGGCGUUUCCGCUCGCUCAGCUCCAUCCCGCCGUCUCUGUGCGGCGGCUCAUCGCUGGGCGGAUCGCCGCCCAACUCGGGCCAGUCCACCCCCAGACGCAUUCCCCGCAGCCCCAACAGGGAACUGGACCGCAUGGGGGUCAUGACCCUGCCUAGUGACCUGCGCAAGCAUCGCAGGAAGUCUUCGCAGGACGACAAGGCCACCAUCAGGUGUGAGACGUCGCCCCCCACCACGCCGCGCUCCAUGCGCCUGAACAGGGAGCUGGGACACGCGUCCAGCCAUGAAGACAUCAGAGACAUUCGAGGGCUGGGAGGCCUGCAGGACGGCCAGGGCAGCAACCCCAGCAGCAGCAACAGCAGCCAGGACUCGCUCAACAAAGCAGCCAAGAAGAAGAGCAUCAAGUCCUCCAUCGGACGCCUGUUUGGGAAGAAGGAGAAAGGCCGGCCCAGCGGUCCUGGGAAGGACUCGCCGAGCCAAGCCGGCACCCCUGAUGCAGACGGAUCUCCAAAGGACGGUCUGGGAAUGGGAACGUUAGGAGGUCCGUCUGAGAAGAACAGGAAGCUCCAGAAGAAUCCAAAGACCGGGCAUAAGUUACUGGAAGAGGCUCGCAGGCUGGGCCUGCCAUUCGCCCAGUGGGACGGACCCACCGUGGUGGCCUGGUUAGAGCUGUGGGUGGGCAUGCCGGCCUGGUACGUGGCGGCGUGCCGAGCCAACGUGAAGAGCGGGGCCAUCAUGUCGGCGCUGUCCGACACGGAGAUCCAAAGAGAAAUCGGAAUCAGCAACCCUCUGCACCGCCUCAAGCUGCGCCUGGCCAUCCAGGAAAUCAUGUCCCUCACCAGCCCGUCGGCCCCGCCCACCUCCAGAACGUCUACAGGAAACGUUUGGGUCACACAUGAGGAGAUGGAAAGUUUGGCAGCCACGCCUCCCACGGAGGAUGAGGAGGGCAGCUGGGCCCAGACGCUGGCGUACGGAGAUAUGAACCACGAGUGGAUCGGGAACGAGUGGCUGCCCAGCCUGGGUCUGCCUCAGUACCGCUCCUACUUCAUGGAGUCCCUGGUGGACGCCCGCAUGCUGGACCACCUGACCAAGAAGGACCUGAGGGGGCAGCUGAAAAUGGUGGACAGCUUCCACAGGAACAGCUUCCAGUGUGGUGUGAUGUGUCUGCGGCGGCUGAACUACGACAGGAAGGAGCUGGAGAGGCGGAGAGACGAGUCCCAGCUGGAGCUUUCAGACGUUCUGGUGUGGACCAACGAGCGCGUCAUCGGCUGGGUCCAGGCCAUCGGCCUCAAGGAGUACAGCAGCAACCUGUACGAGAGCGGCGUUCACGGAGCGCUGCUCGCCCUGGACGAAAGCUUCGACCACAACUCACUGGCUCUGCUGCUGCAGAUCCCCACCCAGAACACACAGGCCAGAGCGGCGCUGGAGCGCGAGUACAGCAGCCUGAUGUCCGUCGGCGCGGACAGGAAGGUGGAGGAGGAUGACGACAAGAACUUCCGGCGCGCUCCCUCAUGGAGGAAGAAGUUCAGGCCCAAAGACAUGAGGGGAAUGUCUCUGGGUGCGUCCGACACGCUGCCUGCUAACUUCAGAGUGACGAGCAGCAGCGCCGCGUCGCCCUCCGCGCAGCCAAAGAGGAGCCCCAUGGACGGAGGUCAGUCUAUACAGAGGCUGGACACUGCCACAGUCAGGACCUACUCUUGUUAACACAACGUUUAUCCUCAUUAUUUCUAUAGGUAGCCGCUGGUCAGAGGAUGAAGGGGAAUUCCCUGCAUUCAGAACCAGGAUGAUGAACUGAAGCGAAACUAAAAAGGACGAUUUUAUUGAUGGAGCAGAUACUUCCUGAGAGGAAACUUUCUAGAAUAAUCUACGUUUUUACGAUAUUUAUGUCAACCAAUGGGACUCUUAAUUGAUUUGGAGUUAUAAUGUAACCUCUUUUUGCCUCUGUCUCCUUAAUCAGCCCACUUUUUAAAACUGUUUGGUCUCAGAUUUCUGUAACUGAAUGUUUUUCUCGUCUGGAGUUUGUAUAUUUCCACCAGCAGACGUUUUAUCUAAUCUUUUUUAUAAUCCUGAUUAUUGACCAGAUGUAUGUUUUCCUUCUCUAAUCAUUGAAUUUAUUCUUAAGUGACUUUAUUAUGACAUAUAACUUAAUUCAUAUCUUUUUGUAGCUCCUGCCCUGUGAGUUUAUGUAAAUGCGGCUCUUAGUUGUGUGAAUAUCAGAUUAAUCGCUGGAGUUUCAUAAACUCUGAAUUGUCUGUCGCCUUGAACCGAACUGCUGGCAUGACGACAAAUAUCAUGUGAAACAGAUUUUUUCUGCUUUUCUUCUUUACUUUAAUACAAAAACAUGUUAAUCCUCCAGAGUUGAAGCCAUCUAACAGUAGCAGGAAACGAUGCGCAGGCUGCUUUCAGUGAAAUCAGACCUCCAGGUUUUAUGAGGAAGCUUCCUCCAUCCUUUCCCUGCAGAUCCCUUUAAUCCAGCCUUCCUAACCUCCGGAGAACCUGCAGACGUCCUCGCCGGUCCAGGCGGGCGCCUCGGGCUCCGUUAGCGGACCAAGUUCACCGAGGCCUCAGCUGAUCCCUGCUGCAUCACGUCCUCCCACAAACCUUUUAUAAAGUUACUUUGUACUAAGAUUUUAUACCAAGCCUUAUUGUUCUUAGCUCCUUUCCUGUCCCUUAUUUAUUAUCAGUCAUCCUCGUUGUCUCGUCCUGUUCGUUCCCCAGAAACACAGGUCCCAACGUCCGUCUCCAUGGCGAUGCAGAAGGAACCGACGUUUUUUUUUUUUUUCUUGUGAUUUUAGUCAUUUAUGCACAAAGCAAAUCAUGUUGCUGUUUUUAUUCCUGCUCCUCCUGUUGAAUCUUCUGAUCUUGUAACAAUGAUGUACAGUCUGAGUACUUAUAAACUAUUUUUAUCACAGUAUUAUUUAUUGCUUACUUUCAAUAAAAUACUGAAACUUA